UUCUUGGACGACACAUGGUAAUUCAUUCUGAUGAGAAAUAUCAGUGUUCAGUGUGUUCCAAAGAUUUCUCACAAAAAUCACUUCUUGAUCAGCACCUGAGAAUCCACACAGGAGAGAGACCAUUUCGUUGUUCAGCAUGUCCAAAACGCUUUCUAAAUAAGGCAAGGCUAACAAAGCAUGAGAGAAUUCAUACAGGAGAAAAGCCAUUUCAGUGUUCAGUGUGUCUUAAAAACUGUUCUGAGAAAGCAAGUCUAGUACGACACAUGAGAAUUCAUACAGGAGAGAAACCAUACAAGUGUUCACUGUGCCUAAAAGACUUCUCAGAUCCAUCGAGUCUAAUACGACACAGGAGGAUUCAUACAGGAGAGAAACCAUAUGAAUGUUCAGCGUGUUCAAAAAAAUUUUCACAGAAAAUACAUCUAGACCAGCAUUCAAAAAUUCAUAAAGAAGAAAAACCAUACAAAUGUUCAGGGUGCACAAAAAGAUUCUUUUAUUUAUCAAGUCUAAAACAACAUGGUAGAUGCCAUACAGGAGAAAAGCCAUACCAGUGUUCAGUAUGUCUAAAGGACUUGUUAGAUAGAACAAGUUUAAUACAACACAUGAGAAUUCACGAAAGAAAGAAAUAUCAGGGUUCAUUACGUUCAAAGAGAGUUUCACAGUUGGCUGAUGUAAAACUACACCUAAAAGUUCAUACACAAAGAAAACGAUAUAAAUGUUCACUGUGUGUAAAAGGAUUCUUCAGUAAAGCAAAUUUAAUAAGACAUAAGAAAAGUCAUAUAGGAGAAAAACCACUUCAAUGUUCAGUUUGUCUAAUAGACUUGUUAGAUGGUACAAAUCUAAUAAAACACAUGUUAACUCAUAAAACAGAUAAACCACAUCAAUGUUCGGAAUGUCUAAAAGACUUUUUAAAUAAAUCCAGUUUAAAACAGCACAUGAAAGUUCAUAAAGUUAAAUCAUAUGAGUGUUCAGUAUGUCUAGUAGAAUUUAAAGAUAAAUCAUCUUUAGAACAACACACUACAGUUCAUAAAGAAGAGAAAGCUGAGGAGAGUUCAGUUUGCAGAGGAACUCUUGCAGUUAAAGUGGAAGAUGUCACAGUUCCUUCUGAUCAGAAGAGUGAGGAGAGUUCAGUAUUGGAUGGAGAUUUUAUGGGUAAAGAAAAAAAAACAGUUUGCGCAGAAAAUAUGAUAUAUCAGUGUACAGUGUGUCACAAUGGGUUUACAGAUAAAGGAGAUGUUAUACAGCACAUGAAAGUUCAUAAAGAAGGAAAGCUUGAGGAUAAUUCUGUGAGUGUAGGGGAUUUUAAAUGCAAAAAAGAAGAUGUUGCAGCUUAUGCAGAUGAGAGGUCAUGCCAGUUUUCAAUGUCUGUACAAAACGUAUCAGAUGAAAACAGUGAACACACUGAAGUUCAUGGAGAAGACUUACAAGAUAAGACCAUUCUAAAUGAACAUGGGACAGUUCCAGUAGUAGAUAUAUUAUAUAAGUGUUCAGAGUGUCAAAAAUAUUUUGCUGAUAAAGAUAUUAUCAAGCAACACAUGAAAUUUCACAGAGAAGAAAAAUCUGAAGUGAAUCCAACGAGUGUUGGAAAUUAUUUUUCUGGAAUAGAGGAAAACACAGGAGUUCAUACUGAAGAUAUAUUAUAUCAGUGUUUCGUGUGUCUUGAAGAAUUCGCAGAUGAAAAAAUUCUCUUGCAACACACAGAAGUUCAUGGAGAAGAGAAACACGAUGAUUGUUUAUUAAGUGUGCAAGACCUACAAGAUACAACAAUUCCUGGUGAACACGUGGCAAUUACUGUAGCAAAUAUAUUAUAUCAGUGUUCAGUGUGUCAAAAAGAUUUUGCUGAUAAAGAUAUCAUCAAGCAGCACAUGAAAUUUCACAGAGAAGAAAACUCUGGAGAGAGUAUGUAUGUGGGGAAUUUUUCUGGAACAGAGGAAAACACAAUAUUUCAUACUGAAGAUAUAUUAUAUCAGUGUUCAGUGUGUCUUAAAGAAUUCACAGAUGAAAAAAUUCUCAUGCAUCACAUGAAAGUUCAUGGAGAAAUUAAUCCUCAUGAGAGUUCAGAUUGUGUAGAUUUUAAAGAUAAAGAAAAACAUGUGACAGUUCAUACAGAAGAUGUAAUAUACCAGUGUUCAGUGUGUCAAAAAGAGUUUACUGAUGAGAAAAUGGUCAUGCAACACGUGGCAACUCAUCCAGCAGAGAAAACUUUCAAGUGUUCAGUGUGCCUUAAAGAGUUCCCAGAAAAAGAAAUUUUGGAACAACACAUGAAAGGUCAUUCAGAAGGGAACCCAAAUAACUGUUCAGUGUGUUCAAAAGCCUUUUUAACUAAAGGAUACAUAAAACGACACAUGAGAGUUCAUACAGGAGAAAAGCCAUAUCAGUGUUCAGUUUGUCUAAAACACUUUACAGAUAAAGCAGUUGUAAUGCGACACAUGAGAAUUCAUACAGGAGAAAGACCAUACGAGUGUUCAGUGUGUCUGAAAGGUUUUACACAGAAUUCACAUCUAAAAUACCACAUGAAAAGUCAUCCGGGGGUAAAAGUGGAGAAAUCGCAGAAAUGUUUAGUAUGUUUAAAAAGAAUUUCUCCAGAAACUUUAGAACAGCACUUGAAAGUUCAUUUAGGAGAUAAACCGUAUAACUGCUCACUGUGUCAAAAAGGCUUUGCAAGUAAUACCAGUCUAAUAAGACAUAGGAAAGUUCACUCAGGAGAGAAAACACAUCAGUGCUCAGUGUGUUUAAAAUCUUUUUCAAGAAACUCUCAUCUUAAACAACAUUACAAAAUCCAUACUGGAGAGAAACCGUUUGAGUGUUCAGUAUGUUUCAGAAGAUUUAUACAAAAAAUACAGCUUCAGAAACACUUCAGAAUUCACACAGGAGAGAAACCAUACAACUGUCCAGAGUGUCUAAGAGACUUUAGGUCAGAUGUUAGUCUUAAAAAACACAUGAGAGUUCAUACAUGAGAGGAAUGUUAUAUGUAGAGUGUUCACUAAGCUUUUCAUGAAAACCAAAUAUAGAGUAGCACUUGAGUAUUCACAAAAAAAGACUUUACAGCUUUUCAGUUUGUCAAAAAAAAUGUUUCAAAUAAAGUAUGUCUAAACCAACAUGAGAAUUAGAGUUCAUGUGAAAGAAAAAAUAAUACUGUUCAUCUUAUAUGGGAGUUCCAGGACCCGACAACCAGUACCAAGCACCCUACAGUCCAGUACCAAGCACCCUACAGUCCAGUACCAAGCACCCAAACAGUCCAGUACCA